AUGGUUAAAGUAAACAUUUUAGCAGAAGCCCUUAAAACCUUAGUAAAUGCUGAAAAAAUGGGUAAAAAGCAAGUCCUUUUAAGACCUGUAUCAAAAGUACUUUUAAGAUUUUUAAGAAUUAUGUAAAAAAAUGGAUAUAUUGGAGAAUUUGAAAUUGUUGAUGACCACAGAUCAAAAAAAGUUGUUGUAGAAUUAUUAGGAAGAAUAAAUAAAUGUGGUGUUAUUUCACCCAGAUAUGAUGUUCCUUUAAGUGAUUUCGAAAAAUGGACCAAUAAUGUACUCCCUUCCAGAUAAUUCGGACAUGUAGUUUUUACAACUACUUAUGGUAUACUUACACAUGAAGAAUGUAGAUUGAGACAUACUGGUGGUAAAGCCUUAGGAUUUUUCUAUUGAGAAUAUUUUUAUUACAAUUAAAUUAAUAUUAGUAGCUUUUUUUUUAAAAAAAA